UAACUCCUUCUCAUUCUUAAGGUUUAUGAAAAGAAUUCAACUGAACAAGAUCUUCUAAAUGGAAAUGGCUACGUAAAGAGAGUAAACUAGCGAUGAUUCCCGAGUGUAAUUCAGAACAACAACCACUCCCACCCAGAAGGCUGGUUCAUCUGCCUAAUAACGUUACCGGCUGCCAUAAUGACGAGUACGAAAAGAAGGAGGAGAAUGAAGACAACCAGGAGAAUCAGAAAGAAGAAUUCGACCCUUCUGGCUGCAAGACACCUCCUCCAAACGAGGAGAUCCCAGGAAGCAGCGCUCAGCAGGAGUUGGAGAACCUGCGGAAAGCUAGGAACCUUGUUGUAGCUAAAUCCAAAAAAUACAUUCCUCCUGGCCAGAAUAACCUCUCCCAGAGUUACACAGCGUUGAACGUGAAGGCGACAAACAGAACAAGCGAGAACUUAGCACAGUACAUAAACAAAAAGGAAGACGGUAGACUUGCCAAGAAACUAAACUCGAUAGAUAGAGAGAAGACUGUCUUCACCAACUCUAUAACUAGGGAUGAAAAGAUCCUGCUCCAGCGCUCUAAAGCCCUAGCAACAGUGCUACUAGCCCGCACUGACAGCAACCCAGAAGGAGACCCAGCACUAGCCUCAGCGAGCUCCCACAAACUGAACCGCCUCCCCCGACAGAUCAGUACCAGUACCACCAGCACCAGGGCCAGACUAAACCGGAGCACUUCCAGAUUGAACCAGAUCAGACCCCCUCUCACCAGUGCUCCACUCAGACGAGUCGUAUCAAGCCCUGCUAAACCUUGCACCGCAAAACCUAAACCAGCUAAACUGUUCACUAUUCAACCUAAGCCAGUGAAACCAAAAACAGCAAAACCCCUGACAGCUAAAAGCGCCACCGUAAAGAGCCUCUCAGAGAAACCUUCGCUGUUGUACGGCGAGGACGUUAAGAGAGUGGCUCCUCUUAAGAGGAGCAAGACAGCGAAUAUAAUACGAAGUGUCAGCACCGAAUCUUCGGAACCAGAAGAGAAAGUUCGCCCGACUCCAAAUCAGACCAACACGAGCAAAGCCAGACUUCUCUGGGCAAACUCAGUCGACACUAUCAUCAAGAGGGACAUAAAAGCGUGGCACAAAGCAUUUCUCGUAUCUCAGAACGGAAAUUGCGUCAGAGUCAAACCGAAUUCCAUUUCUCUGAACGGAAAACACAUGUCAACCUCCCCGCAAGGUAAUUUCUUCUCCGCUUCGUCUCAAGGAAAUCAUAUGCCCUCAAUCCCAGAUAGAACUCCACAGAUGCCAGAAAUAGUGGCUGAUAAACCGCUGGUAUCACCUCCGGUUAUUAAGGAACGGUUGGACCCUCAAUCAUUGUCAAGACUCUUUUCCGAUAGAGAAAUGGAUAAAGGGGCCUGGAUUACGAACUAUAUCAAUACUUCGUGUGCAGAGCAUUUCCCUAUGAUAUGAUACAGUGUUUGGAGGAAGCCUGAAUUCAGAAGAUUUCCAGAUUCGUCUCUAAACGUCUAGGGCGUGUUAUCUAGUAUUAACCAUCAGCGACCGUUCCUAAUUCGUCACAUCAGACUCUGGUUUGAAGCAGGAUAAUUUCAGAUCAAACUUUUAGCUGGGACACUAGUUUGUAGGUAUAGGCUGACGAAAUUGCAAUUUCUAGUAAAUUGACAACCGCAGAUAUUUUAAUCAGAUUUCCAACAAGCAGACAAGAAAUUGGCGCAUUUUUGAGGAUUCCUUCUUCUGUUUGGCCAACCAAGCAAUGGCAGUACAGAAAAGCACGCACGGGAUGUAAUUUUGAAGUAACCUGUAAUGGCUGCCACGGUAAAAGGUUUUGCGAAAGCCCUCUUAAUAUGUUAAUAUGUUAAUUUUAUGUAUCAACAUCGCUGUAGGUAUUUCCUAAACUAGCAAUAACAAGAAUGUAUUUAUUGAGAUUUAGGUAACGGUUUAGCGAUCAUAUUAUGUGAUUUUGAUCAUAUUAUGGUUUCGUUUUUGGUUUAGAGGGACGGUUUUGACGUUGUUCUUUGUUUGUGUACUAUGUACGCGUUACUUUAUGUAAUAUCCAAUAUUGUAAAUAGUUUUUGUUUGAAACCCCAAAA